AUGGUGCUUAUUAGCUCGCCAGCACAGAAGGAACUAUGGCCUGUAUAUGCCGUGAUCAUCAUGGAAAACUUACCGAUGGUUUCUCCAGACGUUUCCCAGCUUGUUCGACUCUGCAAGCGGAGAUCCAGUGCUGAUGACCGCCAUGCUCGCCUUCCUCUCGCGACGCCAGCAGCCGCGCCUGAGCCCUCCGUGACGUCAGAAGUCGUUGUUGCCGCGCUUUCACUGCAGAUCUCGAGCCCCGGUGUCGACACCGACCGUCCCCCUGACGCCGCAGCAACCCGCAAGCCCGCACCUCCACCUGCAGAGCCCGUGAGCCUCGCCUGUGCUGCCACUGCCCGAUCUGCAAUAGCCGCGACCCGACGCCCCUGCGGUUUCGCUUUCAGCCGCGACCUGACGCCACCGGAGCCCACACUGCUGGUCUGCUUGCCUCCGCCUGACGCUCAGCCACUGCCGCGCUGCUGUCCCUGCCGUGACCCGACGCCACCGGAGUCCACACCGCCGCUGCGCGCCUCCACCCGACGCUGCGCGCCUCCACCCAACGCCCUACAGCAGGCCUCGCUCCACCACCACCAGCAACUCGCGCCUCCGCCCGCCUGCUGGUCCCCCUCGCCGGAGCUCCUCGCCGGCGUCUUCCCUCCGCCGGAGCUCCGACUGGCGUUGCCUCCUUAG